AUGCCAAUAUAGGCUUUAAUGUUUAGAAUUAUUCUUAUUCCAGCCAUAGUGCUAGCCUAAUCCAAAAUGGAAUUGAGUGAGAUUGAAACCAAUCCCAUACCUACCAUGGUUAAUUUUGAUAAAAAUCAAAGAAAUACUGAUUAAGCAUUAUCACAACAAGGAUAUUUUGAUUUUGAUGGCCAUUUUAUCUCUUCCAACACAGACAUAACCUAAAACAAUGAAAUAAAUAACUCUAAUGAAGAUCCAAAUAAUUUUAUUUUAGACCAUUUGAGUAUUAACACUUCAAAUUCAGAAUUAGAUUCAUUCUCAAAUGAUGAAAAUUCACUAUAAGUAUAUAAUCUUGUAAUAAAGAGGGUGCAAAUGGUAUACCUUCACUAGACAUGAUAGAUACUUAGAGUACUUAAUCUAUUACUUAGUAAGAUAUUAACUAAAACUGUAAUAUAGUUUUAUCUAAUAUUAGCAGAAACUGAAAAGACUGUUUAGAAUUCUGAUUGCAUAGUAAUCUACUCAUAAUGUCAUUUCAAAGGGGAAUCACUUGACCUAUGUGAAUCUCAAAGAAACAUUGAGUAUAGAUUGUAAUAAACAUAGUAAUUUUGAUCAUGAAAUAAAAUCCAUUCAAAUUCCAAAAGGAUAUUCAGUCAGACUUUAUAAUUAAGAAGAUUUUUCUGGUGAAAAGAUCAUUUUGAAGGAAAGCCAAGAAUGUAUAAAUUAACCGUUAGCACUUACAUAGUUGUAUGAGAAAAAAUCUCACAAAUUUUUGGCCUUGGUUUAGAACUUUAACUUAAGAACACGCUGA